CUAUCGCAUGCCUGUAGCAGCAAAAUGCUUCUGCAACGUUGCAACACUGCCAGUGGACAACGCGCCGAGUUGAACCCAAGCUUGCGGAAGUAAAUCAACACAGCUUGAAUGUGUAGACCACUAGCUAGCUAAAGACUUUUGGAGUGUCGAUAGGACACGAUGAAGACGUCAAACUGGAGGUAGCGAUUUAGUCUUCUCUGUUCGUGCUCCCGACAAGUCUUUCAUUUGACCUUUGUCUUGUAAACACAUUCGCCAGUAAGCGACACAGCACAAGCCGGAAAAUGUUCAGCCUGGGGAAGUUGUCCAUGGAAAUUAAACUGGCCAUCGCUACAGGGGUUGUGUUUUUCUCUAUGCUGAUUUCCCGAACUCUCUUGUCCGAGACCAUGGACAUUGUUACGCGAGCCAGAUUAUUCCGGGUUCAGUUCCUGCUGCUGGCCAACUCUAUCUUGCUAAUCGGCUCGCUCUACAUUUGGAAAAAGACUGUGUCGGCGCUUACCAGCUCAAUAUGCAUUUCUUCCCGGAUAGCACAAUGCUGGAGAGGAGUCGUGUUGCUGUUUCUCAUAUUCGCCCACUCCAGCCAUCUGUCUAUGUUUUACCUGGUUGGAGAAGAACCGUAUUGGUUGGCGCUGAUGAGCUACAGCUGUUUGGGCGCAUACUUCAUCCUCGUGUUUUUACUGUUUGCUUUCGGCUGUGCAGGAUAUUGUCAUAAAUUGGUGGCGCGAGGCGGAUCGACGAACAAGACCGAUCUCCCGACAUGUGCAGCUACUGUUUCUGCCCCGUCCGCCUCUGGUCGCGUUCAAACGAUCCUGGCUAUCUUAUUGACUGUAAUCCUCACUGCUUUAGGUCUUAGAAACGCGUCCCUGCCUCCGGAGAUAGUCCGGGUUGAGAUCGCCUUGGAAAAACUCCCCCCCUCCCUGGACUACCUUAAGGUUGUCCUCUUGUCGGACAUCCACUUAGGUCCCACUGUGGGACGGUCCAGGCUCGAGCUGAUAGUAUCCAUGGUGAACAACCUUGAUCCAGACGUGGUUGUCAUCGUCGGUGACCUCACUGACUCCCAGGUGUCUCGGCUACUGACCGUCUCUGAGCCACUGCGUAACAUGAAGUCACGACUGGGAUCCUACUUUGUCACAGGCAACCAUGACUACUACACUGCGGAUGUGGAGAGAUGGUUUUCCCACCUGCGCUCCCUUGGCAUCCAGCCCCUGCACAACGGGAAUGCCAAGAUCUUCCGGAAAGAGAGAAAGGAAGACUGGAUCUGUUUGGCCGGCGUGGACGACCUGGAGGCCCGCAUGCUACGGUAUCCAGGACAUGGGAUGGAUGUGACGGAAGCUCUGGAUGGUUGUGAUUGGGAGUUACCCAUCAUCCUCCUGGCCCACCAGCCACGUGCCGCCCUCCAAGCCCUGCAGGAGAGGCCUGACAUUAACCUAGUGCUCUCAGGACACACCCACGCGGGACAGAUCUUCCCCUUGUCCAUCUUUGCCUACCUGGUGAACCCGUUCUUCUGUGGGCUGUAUCGGGUCGGGGAGAGCAGCCAGGUGUACGUGUCGGCUGGCACAGUCUACUACGGCUUUCCCAUGAGGCUCGGCAGCAGGGCUGAGAUCACAGAGAUCCUGCUCAGGACUCCCUGAGAGCGGGGGAUAUUGUCUCUCUCUUGCACAUGCACACACUCAUACACACACUCUCACACUCACACACACACCCACACAAACACACGUACGUACACUCACACACACACACACACGCAUACACACACACACACAUGCACCACAACAUUGUUUGCCAUUGUUUUUUUUUUGUUUUGGGGUUUUCUUUUUUUUUGUUUGCUUUCUCAUUCCCAAAAUCCACACACAACCACAAACCAGAUUUGGGGACAAUUCCUUAUCAGUUCUGUUUGUUGUCAAUGCAGAUUUUUGUUCAAUUAAUUAAUUGAAAAUUCAUAGUAUAUUAUGGGCAUUUCUAUUUUAUUUUAUGAAUUGAUGUGGAAUCGCCCCAGAUCUGUUUCUCACACACUCUCACACACACACAUAAAUGAAGUGCCACUGAUUCUUUGGACACCAUUGUUAACAUACAUGUACACCUAGACUGUUAAGACUGUUAUGUAGAAGCUGUGCAAGUAAUCAGCCUGUUGCUUGCAAACAGCCAAAGAAAUUCCUGUUUGUAUCUGCAAGUUUAUACACUGUGUAAUCCUGUCACUUGGAGCCAGAGAGCAACACAGCAUGCCUUAGAUAACAGUCAGUCAGCCACCCACCAGAAUGAACCUCAGAACACCAAGGAGAAAUGUCAUGCCACUGAUAUUAGUCCUCCUCAUCUUCACCUGUAGCAAAGAAUUCUUGACAAAGAACAGGAAUAAUAACACAACCUUCACAUCCUUAGUGUAUUAUCAUAAUUGGAAAGGAAAUGGAGAGCAGUUGCACCAAUCACAGUAGUACUUCACGUCACUUCUUCCAGGAUAGGGAUGUCACAGGCCAGAGCCUCACGGUGCCAGGCAAUGCCACUGGUGAGGAACUGCCCCCCAUUUUGUUGCCUGUUUUACUGAUUCUUUGGUGUGCCGGUUUGAAAAGUGGUUGUGGGUUAGCUUUGGAAAAAGGGAGUGUUCCGUCCCAAGUCUUAGCAGUUCUGAAUACUGUAGUUCUGUAGUUUCAGCUGUUGAAAGAAUGGAAGGUUCCAGUCUUUGUGUUUUUCACUGCAAUAGGGACAAUUCUUUUUAUUACAUGCCAACUUUUAGCGACAGCUUUCCCAAAGUCCAUACAAAAGGUCCCUCCAUUCUUUUGUCCACAGCUCAGAACAUUGGAGACAGAGGAGUGCGAUCUUUUGCAUGGAGCUUGGAGCUGUGUACCACACUGUUGGCAUUUUUAUGCUGUGUGUUGUUAUUUUAAAUAGUUUACCAAUCAUUCUGUUGCCGGAAUGAAGGAAAGAGGAGAGGAGUUAGAAUUACAAAAAUUGUGAUCGCCAGGGUGAUUCAUUGAAGUUGUUAGUUCAGGUUUUAUUAAUUAUUUUAUAUAAUUGAGAGUUUUUAAUGAAGUCGUUUUUAAUUAAAUUCUCUGCAUUUGAGUCACUCACCUCCCGGAACUGUUUUUUUAGUUUUUUUUGCCAGUACUUUUAGCUUUGUUACUACGAGUCAACUGUGAUCCACACUGUAUGCCAAGAGUACAAGGUCGGGCGUCCCUACCACGCGCGUUUGGCCUCAGACCUCACCUCAACUUUGUCUGUGGUUUCAGACGGUGCGGUUUUUUCACUGCACUUGGGAUAUUUGCAUACCCACUGGCGUGUUUGCUGUAUGUGAUGCAUUGAUAAGACACUUUAAACGUUCACAGAAAGCUUUAUUGCACUGGCUUUGCCUAUUUUAAGGACCAUGUCUGCCUUGUUUGUCGUUUUAAAACCUGUGGAAUCAAUACAUGUUUGUUUCGUAACAUUUGAACUAAGCAUGAAUCUUUUCCCUUUACUAGUUUUGGAACAGGAAAGUUUGCAAGACAAUCUUAUGUUAGAAAAAAAAAGAUAUUAUGUUUGCAUUUAAAUGAAUGCCAAAAUGGAACCUGCCAUGCACUGAAUGAAAUGCAAAUAAAUUUUCAGCAAUCCUA